CCGAGGGCGCUUAUUUAUGUGUGUUCAUGUUUUAUGUUAAAUGCAAAAUUACGCGUCGCACGCUGCGCCCACGCGAAUUCGAAUCCGCAUCGGAUUGUUCAGUGCAAACACACACCAACAACCAAGUGAAUAUAAUAUGCGGUGACAAAAAGUGCACAAUCGAAAUGUGAAAAGUAAUUUGCGUCAAAAGCGAACAAAGAGCCAUUAAAUUCGAGACUUGAAGGCGUUCGUAAAACCAGCAAAAUAUCGAGAACAAAUAAAACGUUCGAGGAAGUGUCGCUUCAAUAAAUCAAAAACCAAAAAUUAAAAAACAAAUAUAAAAAAGCUAAAGAAUAAAGUGAGCAUUGGAGUUGCCAGGUGGGCAUGGCCCACUGCCCGCCGAGAAUCCGCUGGAAAGUCCGAACGAGAAGCUGCCAUUGACCUCUUAAUCGAGUUAAGUUUUAGAGUCCACAUCGCUCUACCACAUCUCACACAAAAUCCCACUGUUGCUGGCGGCGGCUCCCCCGUCUCCAAUCACCCGCAUCCCCAACACGUACCCCCAACCCGCAUCCCAAUUCGCAGUUCUCAGUUCUCAAUUCUCCGGUUCACCAUUCUCCGGUUCAGCAUUCUCCGGUUUGUCAGUCUCGCCGCCAGCAAAUGAACUCUCGCGUUCGCGUUUGAACUGCGCGACAAAAGAAAAUGCAUUUUAAGUGAAUUUCCUGUGCGCGAAAAGCCAAUUACGCAUCCGAUAUCCAUCCGCCACUGUACAGUGAAGCCCCAUCCUCCCACGGCACAAAAGGAGAAACCGCAGCAGCUGCGAUGGCCACCACACCAACGGCUGGGCCAGCAGCAGCUCCAGCCACAUCCUCAACGCCGCAGAACUACAAGGUGCCAUCGACCAGCAAGAUAUCCGUGGACAAGCUGCUUCGCGUCGGCUACUAUGAGCUGGAGAAGACCAUCGGCAAGGGCAACUUUGCCGUGGUCAAGCUGGCCACCAACAUUGUGACCAAGACAAAGGUGGCCAUCAAGAUCAUAGACAAAACAUGUCUGAACGAGGAGUACCUGAGCAAGACGUUCCGCGAGAUAGCGAUACUGAAAUCGCUGCGGCAUCCCCACAUUACCCGAUUGUACGAGGUGAUGGAGUCGCAGUCGAUGAUCUAUCUGGUCACCGAGUAUGCGCCAAAUGGGGAGAUCUUCGACCAUCUGGUGGCCAAUGGCAGGAUGAAGGAGCCGGAGGCGGCACGCGUCUUCACCCAACUCGUUUCGGCCGUCCACUACUGCCACCUGCGGGGGGUGGUGCAUCGCGAUCUCAAGGCCGAGAAUGUCCUCCUCGACAAGGACAUGAACAUCAAGCUUGCCGACUUUGGCUUCAGUAAUUACUAUGAUGAGGGUGCCACCUUAAGAACUUGGUGCGGAUCACCGCCCUAUGCCGCUCCAGAGGUUUUCCAGGGCCUGGAAUACGAUGGACCCAAGUCGGAUAUCUGGAGUUUGGGCGUUGUGCUGUACGCCUUGGUUUGUGGAGCGUUGCCCUUCGAUGGUAAGACCAUCCUGGAGCUGAAAAGUCGCGUAGUGUUGGGCAAGUUUCGCAUUCCCUUCUUUAUGUCGCAAGAAUGCGAGCAGCUAAUACGGAACAUGCUGGUGGUGGAGCCUGAUCGACGAUACACAAUUAAACAGAUCAUCAAGCAUCGCUGGCUCAGCGAGUGGCAGUCAGAGAUGCAGGAGGAGGAGCGUUUCGGAGACAUGUCCUGUGCCCCCGGAUCGGGAACAGUGUCCAAAUCGGCGUCCACAUCCUCGCUGGGCAGUGCGUCGGACUCACCGCCGCAACUGGACUCUGUGGUGAUGACGCACAUGCUCCAACUGCCUGGACUGACCGCCGACAUGAUAGCCCAGUCGGUGCAUGAGCAGCGAUUCGACAACAUCUACGCCAUUUACAAUCUGCUGCAUGACAAGCUGCAGCAACGGCGACGCGAAAACCAAAGACUGCAGCACCACGCCAGCCUAGCCUACUCCCGAUCCCGUAAGACGAGCAUCACGACGGGCGUGGUGGAUCGAUCGGAGCCCGUCAAGCAGGAAUCUCUGGACCGGCUCAGUCCGCUGAGCAAUGCCAACGCCUCCAGCUCAGCUUUGGGCUUUGGUUGGUCCGAUGUCGCCGUGGAUCUGGAGAAAUAUGGUGAAUUUGAGCUCGAAUGCCUGGCGCGAUCAAAUGAUCCUCCUGCCAAUGCGCAGCAUUUGAGUGCACAUGCUGGUGGAGGCGUCAAUGGAGCCAAUACGCGACGCCAUACGGUGGGUCCCGGAGAUGUGGCGCACGAGCAGGCGCUGGCCAAUCCCCAUGUGCCGCCCAUCGACUUCAAGUGUCCACCGCAGUGCAGCGAUCCCGCUCAGCCAGUGCCCUACUAUCCAGUCAAUCUGCCCAUGCUGCAGAACCAGCCCCUGCACAACCUCACCAUCAAGGACCAGCAUCUGCUCAAGCCGCCCGUCGUUAUGGGAGCCAGCUCAUUUGGGCGUCGCGCCUCGGACGGCGGGGCAAAUCUACACAUCUACUAUCCCGCCACGGGCACCGUUGUGGGUCCAGCUCAGGGUCAGCAAAUGGACACGGCCGGCUACUAUAUCAACCCGAAUUGCGGCACAGAUCCUUUGGCCGUGCAGGAGUUGUCACCGCUCAACGAACAGUCCGUGGCGCAGAUGCAGUGCUGCCAGGAGAAUGCCACCGGCGAAUGCAACGAGGAGCUGCAAAGCUAUAUGCAAAAGCGAGGAGGCACUCAGCGCCACACGGUGGGCUGCACGGAGGAUCUCUCCGUAUCACAUGGAUCCGGACCAGGAUCACAGUCCCAGGCGCCAGCUACCUCCUCCAAUAUGCGGCAGCGGCGAACAGGACUGCUCACGGUCACCGAAAGGCCGCCAGUGAUUCCACCCGAGUUAAUUCGCGAGGUUGAGUCUCGCAUGAACCGCGACUAUCUGCCUCCCACCCUGAUAUCUCUUAGUCAAUCGCCCCCCAAUGGCACCUACCCGGUGGGCGUGGCCCUGCCCAUGGGCAUGUCAAAGGGCCUAUCGCCGCCCCAUUCGCUGCCCCUGGUUGCGGCCGCUGGUGGUUCCGUGCCCCUGGUGGCGCCCAACAAUCGGCGCAUCCAUCGGGUGAUCCACUCGAAGUUGCCCACCGUCCAGGAGGGUGCGACAAUAGGACGAUACAGUCCAGUGCGUCGAGCAUCGGAGGGAUCCAAGAGCCAGUUCCAAGGACCGCUGCAGGAAUGCCAGUCCCUGCAGAAAGGUAUUGCACAGAGAAACUUUUUGGUUGCACCCAGUCCGCCGCUUUUAGAAAAUUCGAUCAGUUUGCCAGGUUCGCCCAUACAUGGCAAACCUGGCAUGGGCCUGCAGCUGGCUCUGCGUCGUGGCCAUGACAUUGAAGUUCCACCGGAAGCCAUCAAGAAUCUGAUGCCCGCCCUGGAUCGACUGGUUAAGGAGCAGCGUGUUAGCUUCGAAAUAGCCAACAAGAUAAUCUCAACGCAUGUGGUGCCAAUGGAUCUGGCUCCGCUCCUGGGACUGGCAGCUCAUGCUUCGAGUGCGGCGGCGGUUAGUGGAGGUCAUCUCGACCAGAGCCACUUCUCGCAUCUCCAGCAGCAGCAGCAACAGCACAUGCUCAGCUUCAGUGUGUCCCCGCUUAGCAUGCCGCAGGGCGGAGCUGUGAAUGCCUCGCUGACCUCAGCCAAGCAGAUGUUUGGUCAACCGAUCUGUGGCUAUACGCAAUAUCAACCUAUGACCCUGGCCCUGCAGCCGCAGCAUCAACAGCAGCUGGUUGGCCAGUUUAGCAGCAUUAAUUUGGGCGCCAGCAACUCGAACUCAAGCAGCGGCUGCCAGUCGCCGGUGUUUAGCACCAGCUUCAGCGGUAGUUGCUCUCCCAAUCCAUACCUGCCCUGUGCCGCCGGUGGCUCUUCACCACUGCAUCAGAUCACCAAGGGCAUCUCUGGUUUAAGUACCGGUGGUGCUGGUGGUUCCAUCACCAGGGGCACUUCGGCCGCCAGCGAAGGAGCAGCAGCUGCCGCCGCUGCAAAUCAACCUCUUGACUUGUCCAUGGAUGUUUGCGGCGGUGUCAUGGACCAGCAGCCCACGGACUAUGCAGCCACGAAUUGGUUCAUGCCCACGGCUGCGUACUACGACAUGAAACCGCUUAACCUAUCGCCCGCUCAACCUGUAAGGGUCGUGCCAACGCCGCCAGCUUCGCCCAAUUUGUGCAUCAUCCAGGAGGAGAAUGGAAACGGGCAGAUGUGUCACACUAUCAGCACGGGUACUCCAUAUGCGGGCUGUACGGGGGGAAUUACGCCGCAGAUAUGCCUCACCGAUGUCCAGGGCAGCGAGAUCACUUUGGUGGCUCUAUCUUCGGACAAUAGUCGUGACAGUGAGGACUCCCUCGAGCAGCACACUCCAGUUAUGUCACUGCAGGGGCUUAUCAUCACGGAACCCAGCAGCGAUAUGCCUUCGAUCACCAGGGGCAUUGGACGUAAGGCUAGCCUAGACUGCGAAUCGGGCGCUGGAAGUCAUUGUCCAGUAGCCAGUAGCUCUUCCCAUGCUACCCAAGCCCAAUCCCAAUCCCAAGCUCAAACCGAAGCCCAAUGCCGGCGGGGCAGUGACAAAUCGCUUGGCUUCUCUGAUGAUUCACUAAGCAAUGACUCGAAUAAUUUGUCGCCCUGCCAGGAGCCAUCCGCCAGCUCUGGCUUUAAAUCGGAUUCCCACUCGGAGAUGGGCGAUCACACGGAAUGUGGUCAUCUAACGCCCGAUUCCAUGUGCGAUUCGCGGCGCAUGUCGGAUGAGAUGUGCUAUGAAGUGCCGCUGCCACAUGAGUGCUCCAAUCUGGACUCCACACGCAUUUUGGAGAUGGUGAAGCAGACCAUAGACUCGACAAUGCCGCCCAAGGGCUUUGUCCUGCACAAGGGCAGCAUCAGCUCGGAGGACAGUGGAGCGGAAUCGCGCCAUAGCAGUGCCUCAAAUGCAUCCACCUCUAAUCCUCUGGCCUGCGAGGCGGCUUCCCUACUCGCCUCACACUCUGGAUAUGGCGAGCCAACCACAAAUCUCAGUUUGGAGUACUCGGGGGGCCUGCAGAUCGAGCUUCAAGUGUGCGAGGGACGCAGCCGGGAUCACCAUGGCGCCGGCAAAGGCAUCAAGCUUCGUCGCAUUUCCGGGGACCAGUUUGAGUACGGAAAGAUAUGCCAACAGUUGAUCAGCACCAUCACAAUGCAGCAGGUGGCAGGCUAAAUUAAGGCAUCCCGCCCUGCUAGCUACCCAAAAUGACUACUCGCCUUGCCUAAACUCUGCGUAGCUGUGAUUAAAGUCGAUAUGUACGAUAUAGCCAUCCUAAACCAGUAGCAAUUGGACAGGAGUUAUGUAUCAAUUUCCUAACAAAGUUUAUCCCUUUCCCGUUUUUCAUGUUCAGUAGCGUAAUCAAAAUUUUGAAUAUCAAUUAUAAAUACAUUUUUCAAUUUUUUCGUAGACCACACCGAUACUUAGGUAGUUCAAUUCAAAAAAAGGAACGUGUAAAUACGUGUAGAAAUAUUUGAAAUAUUCGCUAACAUAUUAUAUUUUAACGAAUAACGCACAUGCCAAGAUAGUUUAGUGAAUUUGUAAUACAAAUUUGGUGGCGCAAGGUUUUUCAGCAACAGGAGCAAGUAAAAUACAUUCCAGUAGCCGAAAUUUCAUACAAAGGAAACCAACGUUCGUUCUAGCCGUAAUGAUUAUCAAUAUCUAGAACUAUACAAUAUAUAUAUAUAUAUCGACUAAUGAUAAUUUUGACUUCUGUGCAAUUCGUAAACGAGAUAAAAGUGUUUAUUUUGUCAACUCAGUUCAAUGACGAUACGUACAUCUAUAUCUGUAUGAGAUAUAGAUAACCUUAAUGUUAAUAUAUAUAGGUGAUUACUGAAUCUAAAGUUAGUUUGCAGUGGCAAUUUGUAGCUCCGAUUAGUGGUAAGCUCUUGAUUCCGUUAAAUUUUAAACAUUUUUUAUGAAUGUAGUGUGAAAGUUUGUUCUGUUAUUAUACACACGAUCUAUGUUUAGAGUUAUAUUCUACGGAUUAAACACAACAUUGAUAAAUCUAUUUUUUAAUGAAAGACUGCUGUGAUUUUACAUGUAAUUAAUUUAGAGCGAAAGAAGGUAGAAAGUAAACAACAACAAAAAGAAAUACAAACAAAAACUACAAACUUGAAACCAAUUAGUUAUAUACUUAUAUAAAUAAACAAUUGAACUUUAUCUUAAAUAAAUUACCAAUUCUCCAAACAA